AUGGAUUCGACUGCUUCCCUCCGCGGGGCUUCGGACGAGGUCGACCGCAACGAUAGUGAUCCUGACCCGAUUCACACUCACAAAAAGCAACUUUCUCAAGAGCUUCCAGAUGAUUUACCCAAGUCUUUGGACGACCGUCGUUCCGUCCCCAUGAUUCAACCCGAGACUGAGAUGUAUGAUGGUUGGCAAGGCCAAUCCCAGUUUCUCACGACGCCUGUGGCUGCGAAACCGUUGAGCUUCAGUCUCGCCCUGGAUGAUCACUCGCAUGACGACGAACAUAGUUUACAGGCCCAGUAUGGGCGGGGCCUUGCGGCUGCGGUGGAUGACGAUAAUGAGUCGACUACUACGGCUCGGCUGGAGGACAGCGAUGCGCGGCUGAUGGAGAUGCUCGCUGCGCAGGCGGCCCACCGGGAACUGUCGGAAGCAGAGAAGAAGGAUAUCUUGCAACGAAGUUUGAACAUGGCUGCGAGCAACGGCGAUGUAGAACGUGUGCGCAAGUUGGUACAGGGCAAAGCGAAAGAUUAUGUAGAUGUGAAUCUGCCAGAUGAGGAGGGAACCGUGCCGUUAAUCUAUGCCAGUUGCUUUGGGCACCAAGACGUAGUUUCAGCCCUUCUGAACGCAGGUGCCAAUGUUGACCAACAGGAUCGCAAUCAAUGGAGCGCCUUGAUGUGGGCCAUGACAAACAGACACAAGACGAUUGCGAAGAUCCUUCUCGACCACGGAGCGUCGCCGGAUAUCAAGUCCUCGUCUGGGGGCACUGCUUUUGAUUUCGCCCAGCCGGGAAGCGAGAUUUCGGAAUAUCUGCAUGAGAACGGCUAUCAUUUUGGUCCUACUGUGAUUGAAGAUGAUUUUUACGACGCUGGUUUGGCGCACGGGCGGUUUGAGGAGGAACUUGCGGAGACAGAAAUGAAGAGAAGGAUGAUGAUGGAAGAAAGUGCUAUUAAUCUGGAAGUUGACCUAUCAAGCCUGGGGCUCGAUGAGAAGUUUGAUCAGUCACUGGAUGAGGAAGAGCUGGAAGAAGAACAACAGGAAUUUGUCUGGGAUCGAUGCCUGAACGACCAAAUGUUCGUCUUCCAGGAAAGCGAACUAGAGAGGAUCUUAAAUAUGAUCAUCACGAACAUGACUCCGCAGCGAUCUCCGUCGCAGAAGCCAGUCCCCGCCAACCUCCUUUUCCUUAGUGCCCGGUACGCACAUUACCAUGCUAGCCCCGAAUUACUCGCGAAGUUACUUGUCUCAGCCACAGAUAAGAUCAACGAUGUUGUUGAACGUCAUCAAUGGGACAUGACGAUAUUGGCAUUCUGGAUGUCGAACGCCACCUUACUUUUACAUUACCUGAAAAAGGACGGGGGUCUCGUGGAGGCGACUGUCGAGUUCCAAUUGCACCUGGCGGAACUUAUAAAUGAGAUAUUCAUCUUAAUCAUCCGGGACGCCGAGCGCCGAAUGAAUAAGGUGCUAGACGAGGCGAUGCUCGAUCACGAGACGAUCCCCGGACUAGAAGAUGUUCACUUCCAAAACGAGUGGAAGCUUUUCCGCUCCAAGACCAAGACCAAAGCCCCCGAGCCCGCCGAGAAGCGCUUCCGGCCACCAUCCCCGCGGCGACGAGCACAGGUUUCACCGCGGAAUAUCACUUCCCUGCUUUCCUCAACCCUUUUCGUGCUAGAUCUCUACGAUGUUCACUCAGUCAUUACUACUCAGAUCCUGUCACAGCUGCUGUACUGGCUAGGAGCGGAGAUCUUCAAUCGCAUUAUGACCACCAAACGGUACUUAGCCCGGACCAAGGCUAUGCAGAUUCGCAUGAACGUAUCAACCUUGGAAGACUGGGCACGUAACAAUAACCGCCAGCCUGAGCACUAUGAAAAUGGGUCUAUGUCUAGUACUGGCGAAAGCACUAUGGACGCCGCCCGCAGACACCUGGCCCCGGUUAUCCAGCUAUUACAAUGGCUGCAGUGCUUCUCAUCUUUAGGAGAUGAUUUCGAGUCCCUUGUCACCACAUUGCUUCAGUUACAGCAACUGACGCCAGCCCAGCUUCUUCAUGCGGUGAAGUCAUAUCGGCCUGAGGUAGGAGAGAAGGGUCUUACGAAGCCAGCGACGAAAUUCCUGAUUGAGCUGCAACGCGAUCCCGACGUGUUGUUCCGAGAGCAAGCAAAACUUCAAGGGGGCAAAGAGCAAGCGGCGGAGCCAGAAGCCGGGCAGGCGGAGGGGCGGCCUCGGACUCCUCGACAAGAUCAACCUGAUGAGCAAGCCUCCGCCGCAUCUCCAAGGUCUUUCAUGACAUCACCGCGUAUGGAUGAGCGAAAUGGAGCCAACGGGAUCUUCUUGGACCCAUCCCUCACCCUUCCCUUCUCACUACCUACUAGCACCGACAUGUUGAUCAGUUACGGGGCGGGAUGGGGCGGCACCAACCGAGAACGAGCACGCAAGUAUAUUCCUACCGUGCCUCCCGAGGUGUUGAGUCGGUUCGAUCGUGACAGUUGA